UCAGACGUGCUUUCAGUUGGACGACAGCACAUGUAGAGUUAGUUACUCUCUGAGUUGGACUCUGACAGUGACAAAUUAAGACACAAACAUAUACACAGAUACCAAACCUCUGGGAUGUCCCUGCUCUGAGACGUUUAGGGAUUUACCAUCGCUUCACUGCCAAACAAGCAUAUAUCCUCCCAGCGAAACCAUGCCUGUCCUUAAGAACCUCCCGUCUCGGCUGAAGGGAGGCAGGUUUAGCGUGGACUUGUCGACUACACGUAGUGAGUACAUUCUCAGAAAAAUGAGUCUUAACCUCAAUCCAUUUGAGGAGCCUGGCUCUGACGAGGACUGGCCCAGAAGCAACGGAGGCUCACUUCUGGAUGGGCAUGUGCCCCGGGACAGAAACCCGUUUGAGGAUGAGGAGGAUGAAAAUGAGGCUAAUGAGGUGCGCCGUGGAGGAUCAGGGAAGGGAGGAUCCAUCAAAGGCACCCUGGAACGCAUGAAAGGGGUCUCUCCUCUCAAGACGCUAGGAAAACUGGGCAAGAACUUACGCAUGUCUAGCAGGAGCAAGGGAAAGGACGCCCCCUCCCCACAGGGCUCUAUAGGUUCAGCCUCACCCAUGCAGAGGAAGAAGAAGGGCCGACGGAGCUCAGAAGGGAGCUUGCUACGAAUGGCGGGAAAGUGCAAGGAUAGCUUGACUAAUGGUGACCUGUGCUCAGAAACGGAUGCUGACUCCACCAGUCGCCGACUCUCCUUCCUGAAGAUGGUGGGCAAGGGCAAGAUGAAGAGGGAGUCCAUGCAGGACCAUUCAUCUCAGGGGCCCGAGGAGGAGCCGGUGGAGGAGGUGCCUGAGGUCAAACCCAGGGAGCCACUUUCAGUAUUGGAGAUCCUGCAGUUGGUGACGAAGAGAGACUUGUUUUUGGCCGACACUCACAUUCUGGAGCUGGAGCAGGAGUGUAGGGAGGCCGAAUCCCCGACGGCAGGGGGGACGGAGGAUUUCAGCAGCCCCAGCAGCAAAGACAGCAGUCGGCGCAAAGCCAAAGAUGUGGAGCUGCUGUACGAGGCCCUGCAGAAAGAGCUGUGGGACGUGGUGAGGGAGUCUCUGCGUAGCCCCACCGCCGGACCCAACCUGGGCCUGGUGGUGCAGGUGCUCCAGCAGGAGGAGCAAGCCGAUCGGGACUGGGCUCAGAGUGAAGGAGCCGCUCCAGGAGGCCCACGGCCGAGGGAGUUCAAGAAGCGCUGGAGGGAAGCGGUGGUCGAGUUGGCUGAUGCAAACUUACCCCAGCAUGCAGAAGCACGGGCGGGCGAGCUCGCGGCCUACCUGGAUAAACUAAGAGUGCGUAUGGUGGAGGACCUCGGAGCGGCUCGGCGUAACGUGGUGUCUGUUUAUCCCGUGGAAUAUGACUCCUUCCAAGUGUACACACAGAGCUACCAUCAGGCUGUUACCCGUCGUCUCCAGUCUAUCACUAAUGGGGAUCUGCAGAUCACUGAUAUAUACUCGUUGCUAGACUGGCUCUACAACAUUUACAAAAGAGAUGUCCUUGGAACAGUCACCAUAACAACACCCAUUAACCUCUCGCAGCUCGGCCCACUGCUGCCGGCCGAGACGGUGGAAAAACUCCAGCUUGACUGCCUCAACUCAGUCAGGGGGAAAGUGACCAAUGAGCUGUCUCAGGUUUUGGAGGAGGAGGAAAAGAGAUGGCUGGACACCCUGAACAUCGAGGAGUAUCAGUUACCUCUGGCUCACACUGUUAUUCAGAGGCUUAAAGAAGACCUUGAGAAAUCUGCAGCCGUAAACAGCGAUUUGGGUUCACGUGUUGCUCAAUGCAGUCUCAACGGAUUGGCAGAUUUCCUGUACAGUUUUCAGAGAAAGGUGGAGAUGUUUCAUGAGAUGCUCGUAAACAACUGUGAGAUAAAUGAAGACGGUUACAUCGCUAAAACCAUCGCUCUUGUCAACUGCUGUCCAACAUUCAGGAGCUUUGUGGAGCGUUGUGGCCAGUGUGACCCCUUGACCAGCGAGGACUCGAUUCGUAGAGCCAACACAGCUCUGGACAGGAUAGUCAGCUUGAGUGUGCGAGUGCUGAACGACAGACUUUUUGAACAUAUCAGGCCCUUAUUUGAUAAGCUGAUUAAACGAAAAUGGCUGAGCAACACUGAGCCUUAUGAGCAAAUCGAGGCGCUCAUAAAAGAGCACUUUAAGAAGUUUCGCAGGAUGGACAAUCCACCUUAUGAGGUCCUGGUUGGGGAGGUGCACCGGCGUGUGAUGACCGAAUAUGUGCGGGCCAUCAUGAGGGGAAGAAUCAUCUGCACAUCGCUCAAAAUGAGGAAGAGGAUGGCUGGACGCCUUCGUGAUGAAGGAAAGCACCUAAAAACACUCUUCAAUGAGCUGGAAUCCUCCGCCUCAUGGCUCGACAGUGCUAUUCCUCACUUAUCUGAGAUCAUUCUUUUGGAAGACACUCCCUCCAUCCAAAUGGAAGUUGGCGUCCUGGUACGGGAAUUCCCUGACAUACGGAGGAAGCAUGUUUCCGCCAUACUCAAUAUCCGUGGGAUGACCCGACAAACAGAAAGGCAGGAGAUCUUGAAUAUAGUGAAAGACAUCGAGAACAGCGACAGCGUCAUGCGGGUGUCCCGGGACAGGGCUCUCUUUGCUGAGGUGCCGGUGACAUCAGAAGUACACUGUCUAAAUGUAGGCCUGAGCCGUGUAGCCCUCACCGCCUCGUCCCUCUUCUCCAGCAUGCGGUUCCGGCGCAGAAGGACACCAGCAAGGGAAAACCAGGAUGACGUGCUGUAAUCCAUCUUAAAUGGAUGCUGGAGUCACCCAGCACUCAUAGAGCACUGGAGCCCAUCAGCACAGCAAGUGUUUGCAUGCGCCAUUGUCAUAUCGUAAGGACAUCUUACAGAUGCACAGGAUUGCAGGUUCUCUGAGAAAACUGAAAAAUUACACUACAGUUGGCAUCACCACAACUGUUUUUGCACAACUAACAUUGCAAAGGCUUGUGUGAAAUACAGUGGCACCAAAAGUGUUUUGGCACUUUUAAAAAUGUAUGAUCGUCAAACCAAAUGCCAUUUAUUAUAGAAAAAAAAAAUGUUAAACACUUUUUUUUUUUAAAUGUAGUUUGUAAGUGAUCAAUAACAUUUUGUAGUUGUAAAAUGUUAGUGCAACAUGUUCUUAAAUAUCACAACAAAUUGUCUCAGGAACCAUUGGUUAAGAGUCAAAAAGAGUGAAAAUGUCUAGCCUCAUUUCAUUCCUAAUACAAUGAAACUCAUACAUUCUGCGUAUCUAAAAAUGUCCAAAUAAUCUUUGGGGCCACUAUAUGUUUUUCUUUUCUCUAUUUGAUGUAUGUUAUUGUCUGAAUAUAUAGUAUGAAAUGUCUUUAUGGAUCUUAAAUUCCAGGGGUCUGAGUGUGUAUUGUAAAAAAUAUAUAUAUAUAACUACUGAUCAAAAUACUGCUUGGUUUUGGCAAUUAUUAGUUGUUGUUUUUUUAAUAAUCAAUGCAUUUAUCAUUGUGACUUUUGUGAUCUUAAUUGAUAGUUAUGAAAUUGUUUUUUUUGUGUUUUUUUUUUGCACAUGACUGAAGACUGAUUUUAAGGUACUAUGCAGUUGCAGUUAUCUUUAAUCUUUCGAUUAUUUUUAUCAUAUUUAAAUGGAUAAUUUUGUGGUCCAGUCAUCUAUUAUUUUCUCAUGAAAGAUAAAUGUAUUUUGUUUGAGAUCAGAUUUACCUGUGAAAGAAAUCAAGAGGGACUAUUUAUGUAUUGCAAGACUUAUUUAUUGCACCUGUAAUUUCAUUAAUCUGUAAUAAAUACUGAAAAAACAACAACAAUGGGAAACAAAUAACUACAACCAAAAAAAUUAAUUAAUUAAUGAUUGUAUCACUUUAGAGACACUGCGCUCAAUGCAUACAGACAUAGAAGCUUUUUGUGUGUUUACCUUUCAUACUGAUGGACAGAACUUUUCAAACAACAUUUAUGGAUUCUACAUUUACUCCGCCAUUACUCGUCUAGGAUUUUUUUUUUAUUAUUAUUAUUAUUCAACUUGUCUUUUCAUCAUAUUUGAUAAGUCUGUAUAUGUUGCUGUGUGAGCACCAUGGAAAGAAAAUUUCAGUAAACUUUAUAGGGUACUCUGCAUGUUGCUACAUAUGAAAGACUUAAGACUUUGACGUAAACUGAUACUUUGGUUGGAGGAAGAAAAAUAUUUUACAAUGUACACAUAUUAAAUCACAAAUGAAUAAAUGACAGAGGAUCAGA